GUCAAAAAAAAAACAAAAAAAAAACUCACAGCGAGCAACAUCACCUGCGGAGAGACGCGCCAGCUUCUUACGCUGGAUUCCCCUGUGGCUUUGGGAAAAGGCAUCCUCCGCGUUGCUGUGUGUUUUUGUUUUGUUUUUCACGAGAAGCGUUAUCAGGAAGGAAAUCCUUAAGUCUCUCUCGGUAUAUUGUCACAGGAAAAGGUUGCGCCCAAAUCUGUCCCUCUUGAGGACGGGACCUUUUGAAGCUUAAAGCAACAACAAUGGACUGCGUUUCCACCGGGAACUUACUCUUGGAGCCGUGCUGCACACACACGCGGGAUUGCAGCGUUUCAAACCAAGGGGCCGUUAGUCUGUUUAGUUGUUAAACAGUGUUUACUGUGACGGAGGGAGGGUAGGGGGGGUCGCCAGUCUGAGCCCGCGAUGCCCGCGAGGAACAGGUACAACCUGGUGGACGAUGUGGCGGACUCGAGGGUGCCGCUACAUAAUGAAGAGGCUUAUCAGCAUGGGAUUUACUUCCAAGCCAAGUACGUGGGGAGUCUUGACGUUCCCAGGCCCAACAGUCGGAUGGAGAUUGUGGCAGCCAUGAGGAGAAUCAGGUAUGAAUUCAAGGCCAAGAACAUCAAGAAGAAGAAGGUCAGCAUUGUGGUGUCUGUGGACGGGGUCAAGGUGAUGCUAAGGAAGAAACAGAAGAGAAAAGAAUGGACGUGGGAUGAGAGCAAAAUGAUGAUCAUGCAAGAUCCCAUAUACAGGAUUUUCUACGUGUCUCAUGACUCUCAGGACUUAAAGAUCUUCAGCUACAUCGCAAGAGAUGGUUCCAGUAAUUCCUUCAGAUGUAAUGUCUUCAAGUCAAAGAAGAAGACGCAGGCCAUGCGUAUUGUUCGGACAGUAGGUCAGGCUUUUGAAGUGUGCCAUAAGCUCAGUCUGCAGCAUGCUGAGCAGGAUGCAGACGGACAGGCGGAUGGAGAGAGUGACAAGUCCACAGAGGAGCCCAGUAGUCAUGGUCGUAAACUGACAGGGGCAGAUAAGGGGGAGGAAGAGGAGGACAGCAAACAUGGAGGAAGACGAGGAGGAGAGGAUCCUUCAACUGGGACUUCACUGUGUGAAAAGGCAGUCAGUGAAAUUCUGCAGAGUCUGGCUGAAUUGAAUGUGGUCAAACCUGGACAGACCAUCAUAGACUUUGAUCGAAGGUCCCUUUUCACUGUGACAUCCCAAGGCGUUACUCCCAGCAGCCCUUGCUCCCGAUCUCUCACUCCGCUGGCAUCACAGCACUACCUGCAGCUUCUUCAGCAGCAGCUACAGCAGCAACAGCAGCACACCCAGGUGGCCGUCGCACAGGUGCAGCUUCUGAAGGAUCAGAUGGCAGCAGAGACUGCUGCUCGUAUGGAGGCUCAGGCCCGUGUCCACCAGCUGCUGCUGCAGAACAGGGACUUGCUGCAGCACCUGGCCCUGCUCGUGCAGCAACUGAAAGAGCUGGAGGCCCACUCCCCAAAAACAACACAACCAGGGCAGCCACAACAGCAGCCUGAAGCUAAUGGACAUAAUGUUUCACAGUCAUCAUGCAGUUCCGUUUCUACAACAGCAAAGGCUCUGUCUCUGAAUCUGAAGAAUAACUACAGCCACACCCUGGACCAGCUCAUCACCGCCACACCUGCGUGGCCACUCCAAACCUCACCCCUCUCUCCCACCCAAGUGGAAUGCGCUGAGUCCUACCUGAACCUGCUCAACCUAGAGAAUAGCACCAAGCCAGGUGCAGCGGUCAACGGAGACCUGGACCCCUUCAUCAGGGCCAAUGGGACAGCAGACAACAAGGAGAGCUCGUGCAAUGAGAUGGUCCCAUUCACGUUGAAGAACUCUGGCAACAUGGAUGAAAAGUGUAAACAGAUGAUCCCCAAGCUUGACCCCCCCCCGUCCUCCGUGAACCGCAAGCGGGCCAGCAGGACCUUGUCUCCGGGGUCAGACGUCACAGCUGUGUCCACGCCCGGAGAGGUCACCUCUAACGAUGCGCCCCCCAGCCGCAGCAGCAGCCUCUCGUUCCCGGACAUCACCCCCAGCUCCUUGUCGUCCGUUGAUUUCCACUCCCUCACCAACGGCGAGAGCAGCUCCUGUUCGGCCAGUGAGGACUCGGGCGUCCGCUCCGAGACAAAGUCCAUGCUGUCGCCGCUGCGUGAUGACGACGACCUGUUCGGCGACCGCGGAACGUUUUUAACAGCCUCCAGCGGCUGUGACAGUCCUCUGGAGGAGAGAUGUGCAGCGGUUCUCUCUUCCUCUGAGUCAUAUCCUCCUGAGGCCCCCACCCCCGUCUCACAUUCGGACACAUACGAGCACCCACUGCCCUUGUCCUCUCCGUUGAAUGAUACCUGCCUUCACAUCAGUUUCUCUGAGGAUGAGCUGCUAGAGAGCCACCAGGAAGACCCUAAUGUCCCACAGCGGAGUUAGGAGGAUGAGCUGAUGGGCCUCUGGAGACCUUUCACAAUAUCAGCUUUUUAACGCUAUACUUACUGUGAGACCCUCCGUUGUUUGCACUGGGCUCCAUUUCAGGACCUUUAAUUAUUCCGUCCACUUGUGACACAGUACCGACAUAGCAUAUAGCAGUUAUUGAAAAAUAAUCUAUCGUAUAAAUUAUUAGCCAAUGGACAUAUUUAGUAUUUUUGUAAUGAAAUUAAUGAUCUAAUUUACUUUUUAGUGACUAGAAUGUUAAGCAGAAUACAUGUAGCAAUUCUUGCACUGUUAUGGUCACACAUAAUUUACCAUAGAAGUCAAAGCCAAUGAGGGCACACAUGUUUAUUUUUGCUAGUCAUCAACAUUAAAACAUUAUUUUGUAUGAUGCUUUGCUUUGGUGCAAACUAUUGAGAGAAGUAACGAUUUCCUGCAGAUUUCAAAGGUGAUAUGCGAUGAUCUUGCAAACGUUACUGAUGUUGGGAAGAGCCUUGCCUUCUGUAACGCACCUGAGUGGAUGAUGGGUGGAAAGAAAAGAACAAGAAAGUCAGAUGAAGGUAAAAGGGAAGAUAGAUAGGAUUUGGUGUAUGCACAUCCAUUUGUGGCUGUGUACUAUGUUUUUCAUUAUCAGGGUUGAGCGGGUUUCAGAAUGUUUUGUGCUACUUGUGUUUUGGGUUUUUCAGAUUUGUAGCCAUUAAGGCAGUGCUGAGAAAUUUGUGGAAUAGCGGAGUGGAUAUUGUAUUCUGUAUUGCAUUGAUUAUGUAGAUAGCAUGGUUGUUAUCCUUCAAAACAAAGGGAUUUCCACAUUGAAUUAAAAGUAUUUUAGUUUUGAGAAGUUGCUCAGGAAACAGCAAAACGGCAAAUUAAAGCUUUGUCUGAGUGGGGAGUCUGUUAUAAAAUGAACCCUCAGACUCAAUGGGAAGAUAAGUGGGGAACCACAAAGGACUUUGGAGAAAGACGGCUUGGCAAAUGGAUUUUCUCUAAUGCCUCUCACUUUGUGAAAUCCUGAAUAACCACAUUUGUUUCAUUUAGAGCUCUCAGGAUAAAUUAAGCUGGCAUUGUAUAUAUGUUGUAUUUUUGUGUGCUUUGGACUGAUAAUUCUAACAUUUUUCUAUCUUUUAUACAGUAGAUUAAAUGAUAAAUCAGUGGAGAAAAUGAUCAACAAAGUAAUCGGCAGAUUAAUUGAAUUAAAUGAAAGUUAUCAUUUAUUUGCUACCUUAGAGCUUAAAAGUAGCUGUUCUAAUUCCAUAUUUUUACAUGCAUGUGGCAAGAUUUCACUGUGCUCUUAAUAGUGUGCACUGGUUUAACCUUUGACAGGUAGAAGGGAUAAUAAAUGGUAGGGAGAGAAAGAGCAGCUGAGUUGUGAGAAGAGCAGCAGUGUAAAGGUGCAGGUGUAAAAUGCCCACAGGCAAAGCUUUUAACACCCAGAAACGAGGCUUUUCUCAACAUCACUUGUGGCAGGGAGCUGUAACAGCAAUAACACAUGGAAGAAAAAAAAAGAGAAAAAUAAAGAGGAAUAGCUGAAGAA